UUGCGAGGGAAAAUAUGUUUUACCAAGGCUGGUGAUCCUUUCAAUCACUUGACCUUAUUUUAAGUGUUGAACAUAAUUCUUUUUAUUGAAGUGAACAUAAAACUUAUUGUCUGUGCUCUUAGGAAUUGGAGUCGGACCCUACUAGUGGUUGGUAUAUAUUCUAUAAGCUGAAAUUGUGGCCAUGAAGCAAUUUUCUGCCAUAUUAUUAGAUUUGGUCUUAGCUAAAGGCUUGCUAAGAAUGAUUUUCUUUAAUCCAGAAGUGACAUCCCCUCAUCCCUCCUCUGCCCAGGUUCUAGCCUUGGUUGGUGACCAACUUGAUCACGGGCAUAACAUUUGUGGUGCAGUACUAAGUAUACGCUUUAAUGAAGAUAUACUGAGUAUCUGGAAUCGCAAUGCAUCUGAUCACCAGGCUGUGAUGGCUCUAAGAGAUGCAAUCAAACGACAGUUAAAGCUUCCUCACGGGUACGUGAUGGAAUACAAGGCCCAUGAUGCUUCUUUACGUGACAACUCGUCGUAUAGAAACACAUGGUUGAGAGGAUAGGGAUAUACUGGCUUCACUCCUUGUAAUGUGGGAUGGACUUAAUGCAUUCAGAGGGCUUAACAGUAUCCAGUGCUUUCCCUAUAGCUCUGGUAUCCUACCUGGUUUGUGUGAA